CUCGAAUGUAAUGUGAAGAAAGUGAUCAUCAUACAGAUAGUUGCUGGUGGUGGAAGCUACAGUAUGACCGGUUUAACCGCAAGAACAUUGAUAUGGAUUAUUGUUCCACUUGUGUUAGCGUCUUAUUAUUCGGAAUACCUCUAUGACACACUACAGUCAGUCAUUUCUAUCGGGAGAGUAAGAGAAGAUUUGCAGUACAGGAUCGUAGAUGGACCAGCCGGUGUAUUCGCAAACACAAUAUACGGAGAUGUCAAAGGGAAAGUGCUGAAAACACCAAAUGGGCUGGAGUUUUAUACUUUCCUAGAUAUUCCUUACGCAACUCCACCAGUAGAAUCAUUGCGAUUCAAGAGGCCUUUACCUCCAAAGCCAUGGAAAGGAAUCCUAGACGCAACAGAGAACAAGAAAAUAUGUUGGAACUUGGCUAUAAUUGACAUAGAAGAUGAUCCAAGACAAAAUGAAGAUUGCCUAUAUCUGAAUGUGUAUGUUCCGAAGAGUCCAUCUAACAAGGGAUUAUUACCAGUAAUGUUCUACAUUACGGGUGGCAUGUUCGCGUUCAAUGACGGUACAUUCAACAGCUGGAAGCCAUACAACUUUAUCGAGAGGGAUAUUAUAAUGGUAGCCAUGAACUUCCGUCAGGGCCCCUUAGGAUUGUUAACUACAAACGACGGGGUGAUUCCGGGAAAUUUGGCACUAUGGGAUCAGAACAUGGCAUUGAAAUGGGUGCAGAAAAACAUUGAGAGGUUUGGAGGUGAUCCCAAGAAGGUAACCAUAAACGGGCACAGCUCUGGUGGAGCUUUUGCCACAGCGCAUUUGCUCAGCAAACAUUCUAAAGGUCUUUUCAGCGGAGUUAUUGCCCAAAGCGGUGCUAUCACAGGCAUGGACUAUCUUCAGCCUUAUCCCAAGUACAAUGCUUACAAGCUUGCUAACACUAUCAAUCCAAGCAUUACUACUCAGAAUACCUCGGAGGAGUUACUUGCCUUCCUCAUGACCGUCCCUGCUAAAACUCUUUCUGAUACCACCAAGAUACACCCAGAUCCCGAGCACGAUACCAGAGUGGUCAUUGGUUUUGAGUACGAACUGAUAUGGAAACCAGUAAUGGAGCCUAGUGAUGAUGAAAAUGUAUUUUUUAGUGGGUAUCCAGACGAUAAGUUCCGAGAAGGCAUUUUCAACAAGGUGCCAGUUAUGGUAGGAAUUACGUCUGAAGAAGGUGCACUAAUAGGAGGUUGGAAAGACAGAAUAGAACUUAUAGACGAUCAUCCCGAACUGCUUUACCGUCAAGUGGAAGGCUUAACAGAAAGAGAAAAGAAAGAACUAGGAGAGAAAAUGAUAAGGGUAUACACUGAGGGAAAAUUAGAGAAAAAUUUGUCAGCUGCGGUAAAAUUAUAUAGCGACGUGGGAUUCAGUAACAGAAUUAUAAAAUUUGCUGAUCUCGUUUCACCCUACGUUGACGUUUAUUUCUACCAGUAUUCUUUUUUUGGUGCAAUAGAAAACAAGGCUGGUCCCAUAGUAGAAAUGGAAGGGCUAGGUAAAGCGGCUCAUUGUGCAGAGCUGCCAUAUAUAAUUUGGUAUAAACUGGAUGGGGAUACCACGGUGUACCCUGAAGCUGAUAUGAGAGUGCGUCGUAUUGUAUCUGACUUGUUUGGUAAUUUCAUUAAGUACCAGAAUCCAACGCCAAAGAGAGAUGCUCAGCUGCAGAACAUUAUAUGGCCGAAGUUUGACUCAGAACAGCUACGGUUCUUGGAUAUAGACUACAAUUUGACGGUUAAGGAAAAUCCACGUGGGUACCGGCAAACCAGAAAACUGAUAUACUGAAAGCAGUGUUAUAGAUAGCUAUAGAGGUGAAAAAGAAGAAAAUUCGUACAAACAGAUGCAACCUGAAAAUUUGUUUACAGAAUAAUUAAUAAUUAUUUGACACUGUUUUUAAGGAGCUUCAGAUGAUAAAGUUGUGCUGUCUUAAGGGGUACGAGGGAUGUCUUUUAAGUUUUGCAUAUGGAAAUAAAACAACACGGUAGGUAGUUUUAAAUGACUUUGCAUGCGCUCAAACCAAUUUUCGAAGCACUUAUUCCACUUGUUUGCUGGCAUAUCCAAAACGGCAUUUUUGAAUGCGUCAACUGCUUCUUCUGGUGACUGGAACCUUUGACCACGCAGUCUGUUUUUAAUUUUCGGGAAAGUAAAGAAAUCGUUAGGACUUAGAUCGGGACUAUAUGGAGGAUGGUCCAAAAAUUCCACGUUUUCUUCCGUUAAAUACUGCCUUGUUUUUUGGGCUGUGUGCGAGCUUGCAUUGUCUUGGUGGAGGAUGAUUCUUCUUUCGGGCUUGAUUUUUCGAAGCUCGGUGAUAAUUUUUGGCAAACAAAUGGUGGUAGACCAAUCCGCAGUAACAGUUCUUUGCUCGUUAGGACGAAUUGUUGCGGUAUGACCCGCUUUUGACCCAAAUGUCGCGACCAUCUUUUACGAAAUUACUUUUGUUGGCUUUUCUUCACCUUGGACCACCCAAACAGCUGACAUUUAUUUUCUGGUUCAUAACAGUAAAUCCACGAUUCGUCACCACUGACAAUGCUGUACACAUUUUUUGAGUUUCCGGAAUUGAAACGGUCAAGCGUUUUUUGACACCAGUUAACCCUGGCUGCUUUCUGCUCUUCAGUCAACGAGAAACUUAUUUUCUUACUCCUAAUUCUUCAUGUAAAAUUUUUUGAAUUGAGGUCUAUGAGAUCUUCAAGGAGGCCUCAAUCUCGCGAUAUGUCACAUCUCUAUCUUCAAUGACGAGUUUGCGCACAGCAUCGACGUUUUCCUGGGUGACUGCCGUUUUUGGUGCACCCAUUCUUGUUGCGAUAAUUGUCUCUGAAAGUUGUUAUGGCGCGAAAAUGUUCUCGGUUGAGUUUCAUUCUUCUAAUGACUUGGUGACACUUAAAAAUUCACUGUAGUGAGAACACUGCACGUAUUGUUGUGAAACUUUGAAUUUAAGUUUACUAAAGAGUGAGGUUAAGAUUCAGUAUUGACGUUCGAUCCGCACGGCCUACUAUGUUUCUAUAUCAGUAGCUGAGAGGUAAACAGUCGUAAGUCCAUUUUGACUCAAUUUUGAGGUAUUCUAGUAAUAUUACCUCAAAAUUAAAAUAUGAACCAGUUCACUGUAGUGAGAAUACUGCGCGGCCUACUGUGUUUCUAUAUGCAAAACUUAAAAGACAUCCCCGUAACGCCGUUGUAACGGCUUAAAAAGGUGAUUUUAAUAUAUUUUUUAUGUAAUGUAUGGUAAUAAAAGGACGAAGUUAUUGAGCAUAUAAAUCGGUAACAAAAAGAUAUCGUAAAAGAUAUUGAAAAAUGUCGACACUUUCGCGAGGCACAUUUGAGGCGCUCUGGGGGCACGCAGUGUAGGUGCUGCAAAUUUGGGCCAAGAAAAAAGAAACAAACACAAAUUAUUGUACGUCUAUAGCCAAAGAAAUAUAUAGGGGAUUUAUAAAUUUUGCUUGCGAUCAAUUUAAAGCAAUAUCUUUUAUUAAAUAAUAAUUAAAGCUCCCCACGUAUUUCUCUUCAAAUGUUAUUUUAAAGAUAUUGUUGAAAAAUCGAAUGAAAAAGACGACAAUUAUUACAGUUUUGAAGCGUGCGGUUCAAAAAAUUGGGUCAUAAGAGUAACGCCAUGUAAUAGCUUCUUACAAUAUUAUUACUUCAUUACCAUUCCUUCCACAAAAAAAUUACAAAAAAUGCUGUUUUAUGCCAUGAUCGUGGUGUUAAUUAAGGAUAUAACUGGAUCACAUUGCAUAGACGGUCGGAAACAAAGCAAGAGAAAAACUUUAAAACCAAUUUCAUGUUUCAGGUUGACAAUGUUUGUGGUAAUAAGUUGAUCGAAAUCAGCAAGUGAGAACUAUCGAUUCAGAUACUUAUUAUAAUAUGAAUACUCAAAACUAUUAAGAGAAUAAUAUUUAUUAUACUGUUAGUAUCAUGAAUGAUUAUAUGUAAAGUACCCUAGUUUCUUCUGGAAGUUUUCAAUCGAUUCCAAUUUUUUACCUCCCACGUCAGUUUGCUAGGAAUUAUAUACCUAUUGUAUUGUAAUAGCGAAAACAGGAUAUUAUGUUUUUUGGAUUUUACAUGAUAUAUUCAAAAAAUGUAAGCCUACGAUGCCACACUUGCCUAUCAUGUAAGAUUUAUAAUUUAUUGUAUAUUGAUAACAUAAACUUAUCGUCUUUGAUAAAAACCUUAUUUAAAAAAUAAAUUUUCUUAAUUGGUAGACAAGAAAUAAGAUAGCUAGUAGUAAUUGCCUACUAACAAUCGUACAACGCUAGUGCUACUCUUUCUUACCCUCCAUACUUCUAGAGUGUUAGUUAGAAUUUAUAUGUGCCAAACAUUUUGCUCUUAACAAAGCUUAAUAUUAAAAUCAUAAAAGUAAAACCUUCCCGUACACAACCGACCAUUUUGGAUUCAACGGGCUUUACAUGAUAUUUCAGCAAUGUUCAUUGGCU